CCCUACAACUUGAUGAAGUUUUCCUCCUAACUUUACAUUCAGCGCAGACCAGCCCCCUGUUCAGCAGCAUGACUCUGUCCAACAAGUGGUGGAUUUUGUGCGCUGUUUCUGUCUCUUGUCUCGCCCGUCUUGGGACCUGCAGAAGACCUAGAGCAGAUGGAGUCCAACCUGAGCUAUUCAUCUUCAAUGAGCUGUGCGCCCUGAAGGAUGAGCCAGGGCCUUGCAAGGCCAUUAAGGACCGAUACUUCUUCAAUGUUGACACGGGACACUGUGAGCUGUUUGAAUACGGAGGCUGCGGGGGUAACGCCAAUAAUUUCGAGACCUUGGACGCAUGUGAGGAAAUGUGUGUCGUCUCAGAUGAGAAGAACCCGUGUCACUUAGGCGAGGCUCCUGGCCCCUGCCGAGGGCUGUUGACGCGCUACUUCUUUGACAGCGACAGUCAGCAGUGCAAGCAUUUCUUCUACGGCGGCUGCUUUGGCAAUGCCAACAAUUUCAGGAGCAUGGCGGCGUGCCAGGCCAAAUGUCAGAACCCAGCAAAACCCACUGAGGCACCAGACGUCAACACACAGUCUGCUAGAAAAUCCGGUGUUGUGCAGCCAACCAUAUUAACUGGGGAGUUGAUUGAACCUCAGGCGCUAGUGAAUGUCACUAAUGGAGUGCGAAAAGACUUCAAGCCUUCAGUGCUGUGCUUCAGUCCCGUGGAGAGGGGAACAUGUCACGGGACAGAGAAGAGGUUUGCAUACAACCCCGAGCGCAGGAGAUGCAUGGCGUUUCAGUACAGCGGCUGCGGCGGAAACGACAACAACUUCACAUACAGGAAAGACUGUUAUCACAAGUGCAUUCGAGACAGAAGGGGUCCUAGGAAUGGGAUGAUCCGAAUAAGGAUGAAAAACCUUAACAUUGUUAAUCGCUCAGCGUGAACACCUUGCUCUGCUUUACAUCCUGCACUACUGUGGAGCCAUCUGUAUUUAUGUUCAUAUGUUAUGUUUAGCUGUACUCCUAUCUAUUGUUUUGCAGUGUACGUGAAUUAGCUUUGUAGUGACUGAGUGCAAUCAUCAUCAUUAUUCAAAUUAUUUCAUUUAUCUCGUUGACAAAAAAAUGUCUACUACAGCCGCUCUCCACACUGAUGGGCUCUGCAUAUCUUAUACAUACUCAGCAAAAAAAGAAACGUCCUCUCACUUUUAACUGCUUUUAUUUUCAGCCAAGUUAACAGGGAC